UAAUCAGCUGAUCUUUUCCUGUAGUACCAGUUCCGCAGUCAUGGCUGGAAUUAAAAUUGCACCACUCAGACCCUGGGACGAUUUUUACCCAGGGACCGAUCGAUUUGCAAAACCAGACUUUGGUGAUUUAACAAAAUGGAACAACAGAGUCGUGAGCAACUUACUUUACUAUCAAACCAAUUACUUGGCACUGACUAUCGUUGUUUUUCUGAUCGUGGGGAUUUUAAACCCCCUGGCAAUGAUCCUCGGAGGAGUCGUGGUGACCUUGGUGUUUCUGGGCGCUGUCUGGGCUGGAGAAAACAAGGCUGUGAUCAAGAACUUUAAGAAAAAAAACCCCACCGUGUUUGUGGUUGCUGUUAUGGGAGCAAGUUACUUCCUCGUCUCACUUUUCGGGGGGGUGAUGGUGUUCAUAUUCGGUAUCACAUUUCCAAUACUCUUGAUCUUUAUCCAUGCCUCGCUGAGACUUCGGAAUCUGAAGAAUAAAAUGGAGAACAAUAUGGAAGGAGUAGGGCUGAAGAAGUCACCUAUGGGGGUCAUUCUCGAGGCUCUUGGGCAGCAAGAAGAAAGCAUUAACAAAAUUGCAGAUUUCAUUGCUAGCAAAGUCAAAGAGUAAUUGAAAACCUGACCAGUAUAAGCAGCAUGAUUCUAACCAUGUGGUGCCCUAACUAUUUCAUUUUGUAUUACUGGAACACUGUAAAAACAAAAUUGCUUUCCAACAAAUCUUGAAAAUCAUUGGUUUUCAAAGCCACAUUUGAAUCCCAUUGCUUUGUUGUUCACAGUGUCCAUUACUCCCUCUUGCAUCGUUUGCUAUAGUUUACCUUGUCUUUUAUCAAAUGCUAUACUUCUGUUGGUAAUAAGUAAUUAAGCUAUAAGCAGACUGUCUAGAAUAUUAUAACAAUGUUUAUAACAGUAUAUUGGAAAUAAAAGUUGCAUACUCAGAGUGGAUGUUGUUUUCUACGUACAGUAUGGUUGCAUUUAUAUUGCUGUAAACUAUUGCAUACCAAUAAAGGGACAAAAAUAAGGCAACAUAAAUGUAAGCUACAGAAACUAUACAACUGCAUGUCUGGAUAUUAGAAAAAGGGUUUAGACUCAAAAGUAAAAUUAAUGUGUCAGGAAUUCCAGUAUGUAUAUAAUAUAUUUAGGCAUUUUCAGCACAUCCAUGUUAUAUUAAUUGUAAACGGCAUAGGAAUGACAUGUUUGUGACGACCCUCUAUUUAUUAAAAAUAGUAGAAUAGUAAAAGCACAUUAGCUCGCAGUGCUGCCUCAUAAGCUUUAACCCUGUCUUUCUUCUAGCAAUCUGUUAGGUACAUUUACAAUUAUAUAUGUGUUAAAUACAGACUGUGAGGCAUGGAUAAAGCCUGAACCAUUCUGUUGGCAGCAGUUGUGUAGGGUUCUACUUUUGUAAGAUGGUUCUGAUUAGCACAGCAAUAUAAUAAACAACAUUCCAGAUAAUUAUCAAGAUGGCUUUUCUAUUCCAAAGUAGAUUGCUGUGCAUACGGUAUGUCAUUUUUGCAGUGGAUUUUCUUUGUGGAAACAGCUUAAUAAAAACCUUAAAAUACGUCUGACGUUUUACUUUAAAAUUAAUUGCAAGCCUUUCACUCCCUAUUUUCAGAGUUAAGUAAAUUACUGACAUUGCACAUGGUAUACCUUUUUAAAUAUUUCUGCCAUCCAGAGUAAAGCAAUAAAAGAGAGUAAAAAAUUGCAAUAUAAAUAUUCUGUAUGCAUUACAACUAUUAUCAUGAAAAUAAAUAGCCAAUUAAAGCUACCUGUGUAAUUUAAAUCUAUAUAUUUCUUUUCAAAAUUAUUGUAUACCUUGUAUUGUUUUACACUUUUUUUUUAAUGCAUGUAUGUGCUGAACUGUUUGUGCAAUAUUUGCAUUGUGACAUUUUUUUUACUCCAUUGAGUUCCAAUCAGUAGGUGCAGUUUUUGCAGCAAAGAUAGACAACAACAACCCUAAUGUGCUGCAAAGGUACAUGUGUCCAUUUUUGGAGGCCUGUCUGGUUAAGAUCACAAGACAAAAACAACGUUGCUUCCAUGACCAGUAACUCACAUUACAAAACAUCAAUGCUAAUAUAGUAGGCACAUGUUUUGGCUAUCCGCCUUGUUUGGUCCUAUAAUUACAUGCAGUGUUCUAACCUUACUACAGCUGUACUGUUACUGACAUGAGCAGCCUCUUGACUGGCAUAGAUAAGAUUCAUAAAUGGUUAACACAGAACCAAUGCACCAGCAGUGCUGGUAUGUAAACUAUUCAGAUGUAAUUUGAGCUGCAAUCUGCAGUGGGUAUGUGGGAGGUUUUUUUUGUUUUGUUUUAGUCAUGUUUAAUAAGAGAUUCACUAAACUCAGUUCUGGUUGCUAAUCCAAUUUAUUCUAGUACAAAAAAGUAUUUUGUUUAUAUGCAAUGUACCUUCCAAAAAUGUUUGUCUCUUGCAAGUGCAAUGCAUUGGAAAAGUUAAAUAAAAGAAUGAACAAUA